AUGGUGGCACUGCUGGUCGGCGCGCUGGCGAGCGCGGCACCCGCGCAAACUGUAUCGCCCGGGCCCGGCCGCGUUGCCGUGACGAUCUACCGUGCGCCCCGGCGUGCGCCCGAUCAGGGGAUCGAUCGCGCCUGGCUGCAAGGCUAUGCGCUGAUCACCGAACAGCGCCGCGUGACCAUCCCGGCGGGGCGCACGACGCUGCGCUUUGAAGGUGUGGCGGCGGGAAUUUUGCCCGAAAGCGCGAUCGUCACCGGCCUGCCGCACGGCGUGCGCGAGAAAAAUCUCGAUGCCGAUCUGCUCUCGCCGCGCAGCCUUUACGCGGGCAGCUUUGGCCGUCCGGUGACGAUCCGGCGGACGAUCGCCAAGCGCAUCGUCGAGGAGGACGCGAUCCUCCGCUCGGGGCCGGAUGGUGCUGCGAUCCUGCAGACGCGCGACGGUUUCAUUGCCGCCGAUUGCGGGUCGUCGCGGGAUGCGCUGGUCCAUGACCGCGUGCCGCCGACGCUCGCCGCCAAGCCGACGCUGUCGGUCGAGCUCGAUUCGCCCGCCGCUGCGAGCGUCACCGUUACGCUCUCCUAUCUCGCCUGGGGGUUUGACUGGCAGGCCAAUUAUGUCGCGACGCUGCGUCCCGAUGGCCAAAGCGCCGAUCUGCUCGCGUGGGUGACGCUCGCCAGCAGCGACACCACCAGCUUCGCCGAUGCCGAGACGAUGGUGGUGGCGGGCGCGGUGAAGCGCGAAGGCAGCGCACCCAAUCCAGCCUGGAGUGCCCGCGACGAGUCGCUCACUUUUGCGUGUUUCGCCCAUCCCAUCGAGGUUCCGAUGAUGGCGGUUUCGGCUCCUCCGGCACCCGCGCCGAUGGCGUUUGAGGCGGAUAUCGUCGUCACAGGGACUCGCUUACAGCGCGCGAUGGUGCAGCAGGAAGAUCUUGGCGACCUGAAACUCUACCGCGUGCCCGAUCGCACCACCG